AUGUCCCAAAGAAACGCCAAUCCUUUGAAACAACAAGUGUUAAACCAUAUUGAUGCUCUAAUAAAAUGUCUCGUCAACAUCGAGGAUACAACAGGAGAAUAUUUGCUGACCCUCUCCGAUGGAAGGGUCAUCGACACCAAAGGCUGGAAUGAUUGGGAAUGGACACACGGGAUAGGCCUGUAUGGCCUUUGGCAGUUUUAUGAGGUGACUGGCAAUCAAGGAGCACUUCGGGUAUGCUUGGAUUGGUUCCGAGAUCGUUUUGCUGUUGGCACUUCAAAGAAUGUGAACACGAUGUCACCUCUUCUCACAGCAGCAAACAUCCAUGACUCUCGACUGGCCAACUAUAGUGUUCACAUGGAUUCAUGGGCAGAAUGGGUCAUGUAUGAGAUGCCUCGAACAGAAGAAGGAGGCCUGCAGCACAUCACCUACCUAGAAGACAACAAGGAGCAACUCUGGGACGAUACUUUGAUGAUGUCGGUAUUGCCACUCACGAAAAUCGGUAUUGUCUUUGGAAGAAAUGAAUAUAUUGAGGAGGCAAAAAGACAGUUUCUUCUCCAUAUUCACUAUCUCAGAGAUAUUCAAACAGGUUUAUGGUUUCACGGGUGGACUUUCGCCGGACGACAUCAUUUCGGACGUCUCUUGGGUCUUCCUCAAGACGACGGCUUACGAUUGUUCCUGGUUUCAACAUUACGCGCCCAAAUCGAUGCCUUGGUUGCCUGUCAAGAUCAAGCCUCAGGGCUAUGGCACACGAUUCUUGACGACCAAACAUCAUAUUUGGAGGCGUCCGCAUCGGCAGGUUUCGCAUACGGUAUUUUGAAAGCUUUGAGAUUAAGACUUGUCUCAAGGGAAGAGCGAUAUGAGUUGGCGUCCAAAAAGGCGAUAGAAGGUGUUAUUGCCAAUAUUUCAGAAGCUGGGGAGUUGAUGAACGUAUCCUUCGGGACCCCCGUUUUUAAUGAUGCCGAAAGCUACAGGAAGGUACCACUGACAAGCAUGCCAUACGGUCAAAGUUUGGCUUUGCUUGCUCUCACUGAGUAUCUGAGAACAUUUCUGUAG